UAACUUGCUGUUAUAGGUUUGAAUGUGAAUAAAUGGAAGCCUUUGACUUGUGACUGAAACUAACUAGGCUGAUUGCAAUUAUCUUAAAAAUAGUUUGUUUUGCAUAUCUUAGCACAUGUUCUAAAAGUGUAUGCUAGGAAAAUAAAAGUUAAUCAAGACAAAUAUAUAUUUCUUGAUGUUUCUUGAUACCGUUGUGCUCUUGCAGGAGUGAAUGCGUGUGAAGUUGCUGUUUUUUUAUGAAACCUGGUCUUUCUUGCUUCCUCAACAUAAUGACUGUUUUUAACUGUUUCUGACGGUUUCUGAUUGGUUGAAUAGUUCUGCCGGUAAGCUUCGCUGUUAUCUGCUGCACAUCUUUUAGUUUCCAUUUAAGUGUCUCAUUGUGACACCUAACUUCCUGUGAAACUGCGAGAACAACACGCUGGUUUCCUGAUGCCCUCUCAGUGAGCGUACUGCUCUGCACCUCCACGCAGCGAGAGCUGACCGGGCCAGCUCUGUUCUGGAGCUGCUCUGGCUUUAACCGGGUCGUGGUUCCUACCGUUUUCAGGGCUGUUUGUGAAAGCAGAAGCUCCUGCGCCGUGCAGGUGGAUGUCGGCCUGCCGGCCCGCGGCCCCCGUUCGCCAUGGCAGCGGCUCUGCCGGAGUGUUACCACGGCGGCAUAACCAAGAAGGAGUGUGAGGAGGUUCUGGGGAAGAAGAACAAGGACGGAGCGUACCUGAUCCGAGAGAGCGAGACCAUCCAGGGAGCGCUGUGUCUCUGCGUCUACAAACAGAAGGUGGUUUAUACCUACAGAAUCCUCCAGGCGCACAACGGAAACUACACCCUGCUGACAGCAGGAGGUUUGCAGGAGACAUAUUUUAAGACUCUGGCCGAUUUAAUCCGUAACUACAAGAGGAAGAACCAAGGUCUGGCCAUUCAUCUGCGCCACUCGGUGAAAAAGAAAACGCCCAUGUUGAUCCAGCCGCCGAGGAGACCAGAAACACAACCUGAAGCUCCGGCCACACCGCCAGCUAGAAGAUCGGCUGGAGGACCGGCCGCAGCGUCAGCCAGAGGAUCGGCCGCAGCGUCAGCCAGAGGAUCGGCCGCAGCGUCAGCCAGAGGAUCGGCCGCAGCGUCAGCCAGAGGAUGGGGCGGCGCGUCGGGCGGACACUCAUUGCAGAGAGGAGCUGCUCCUUUACCUGAAGAGGAAAAUGAUUAUGAGAAUGAUCCAAAUUCAGAUUAUGUGGAAGUUAUUCCAGAUUAACUCAAGCCAACCUCAAACCGAAGGACAACAAGAACACAGACUGAACUUUGUUUGGCAUUAGAGAUGUUUUAUUUUUUUAUGCGAAGCCCUGAGGAGAUUUGUUGCAUUUGCACAAUUUAGGUAAAACAGACUGAAAAGGUGAGCUAAUGCAGAGUGAGUUUCCUCCCAGCUAUUGACUCUGAAUGAGAGGAUGAACUUCUGCAUUUUCUUCUCACCUCAUUCCUGUGAGCGCAGAAGAGGAAGAAAGAGGAAGAGGAGGAGAAGUACUGCUCUGAAAUCACAAAAGUUGUAUUUAGUUUGACAUUUUGUUUUACUCCUGGCAGUCGAAACCUUGAUAUUUAAUAUUCAUUUCAUUUUAGUAAUACAGACAUUUUUGUGCUGUUUGUUCUGAUGUUCAUAAAAUAAAUCUUAUCUGAACGUCA